AUGCCGCCGCACGGGGAUCUGGACCGGCAGAUCGCGCACCUGCGCGAGUGCAAGCACCUCCCGGAGGCGGAGGUCAAGGGGCUCUGCGAGCAGGCCAAGGCCAUCCUCAUGGAGGAGUGGAACGUGCAGCCCGUCCGCUGCCCCGUCACCGUCUGCGGCGACAUCCACGGCCAGUUCUACGACCUCAUCGAGCUCUUCCGCAUCGGCGGCGAGUCGCCCGACACCAACUACCUCUUCAUGGGCGACUACGUCGAUCGUGGCUACUAUUCGGUGGAGACUGUUUCACUGUUAGUGGCUUUGAAAGUUCGCUACAGAGACAGAAUUACGAUAUUGAGAGGAAAUCAUGAGAGCAGACAAAUCACCCAAGUAUAUGGCUUCUAUGACGAGUGCUUGCGAAAAUAUGGGAAUGCAAAUGUAUGGAAGUACUUUACAGACCUGUUUGAUUAUUUGCCUCUCACGGCUCUUAUAGAAAACCAGGUGUUCUGCCUUCAUGGUGGUCUCUCUCCAUCAUUAGAUACAUUAGAUAACAUUCGUGCUCUUGAUCGCAUACAAGAGGUUCCUCAUGAAGGGCCCAUGUGUGAUCUGUUGUGGUCUGAUCCAGAUGAUCGAUGUGGAUGGGGGAUUUCACCAAGAGGAGCUGGUUAUACAUUUGGGCAAGAUAUUGCGCAACAGUUCAACCAUACAAAUGGCCUCUCUCUUAUAUCAAGGGCCCAUCAACUUGUAAUGGAAGGGUUCAAUUGGUGCCAGGAUAAGAAUGUUGUAACGGUCUUCAGUGCACCAAACUACUGUUACCGAUGUGGUAACAUGGCCGCGAUUCUUGAGAUUGGGGAAAACAUGGAUCAUAACUUCCUCCAGUUUGAUCCAGCGCCUCGGCAAAUCGAGCCUGACACAACACGCAAGACCCCCGACUACUUUUUGUAA